AGUUAGUCGACCAGACUGGAGGGUAGGCUGCACUUGCAUUGCUUAACGUUUGGCUUCAGCCUGAUGUAAUGUAAGUAAAUGCUCUUAGCUGACCUGACUGUGUGAACUACAGACUCAAACACAGUCAGCAGAGGAGACCGGCCUUUAGAGGCAGACACAUCUCUGCUGUGAGCGGACUACAUUGUCUUUGGACUCAUCAUAAAGAAAUAUGAUGGAGGAUUUCUCUGGUUUGGCUCUUCCUCCUCUAUUUGGAGGACACAUUCUGGAGGCCGAGCUGGAGCCUGGUGGUGUGGAGCUGGGACCAGGAGAGGUGGAGCUGGGCCCAGGAAGCAAUGAGCUGCUGGAGAGUACAUCACAGGAGGAUGAAGAGAGAAGAGCUCUUGAUAAGAGGAAAUGUCUGGCUCUGAACAGGAGAUGUAAAGAUAUUGAACAGGUGAAUCAGAAGAUUCUAGGUCGUCUUCACCAAGUACAAAGAAUUACACGGCGCUUGAAGAAGGAAAGACGGUUUCUCAUGAAGACUUUAGAUGCUCAUGGAGAUGACUACAGAAACGCCCAGCUCACUAUACUUUUAGAGGAUGAGCCCGAAGCCCAUUUAGAUCCUGCGUCGGGAGUAGAGGAUGAACGGCUCAAUGGUGUGUCUGGUUCCACUAUGUCUGCAGCAACGCCUCAUGCUGCUGGACCAAAGAGGAGGAGGCAUCGAAUUCCACGGCAAGAAAAGGAUAAAGACCAACAGACUGAACCAGACAUGUCAGUGUUGGCAGAGACACAGUUUGGAGAAAUGCCAAGCCCAACUUCUCUGUCUCACUAAUCUAAACUUGCACUACAGACCUGGAUAUGAUGAUGAUGAUGAUGAUGAUGAUGAUGAUGAUGAUGAUGAUGAUGAUGAUGAUGAUGAAGGACCACCAAGUUUCUUUAACUGUUCAGUAGAUACUUUACCUCUGUUCAGCCAGGUAUUGCACUGUUUGUAGUUUUACUUGAACAUUGUCAAUAGAAAUAAUUAAUGUAAGGUAAAAUGAGAUGUUAUUUACCUGGUACAUAUAUUCAGUUGUUUUGUAUAUAGUAUUUUCUGUUGUCGCUUUUUGUACUUAGGAGAUAAUGAAAAAAACAUAAUUAUGACCAGUGGCAAACCGUUUACAAUGUCAUGGACAGCUUUGUUCGGUAAAUAUCUGGCAACCUCAAUAAAAUGACUGCAAUUUGACAGUUAGGCUGUAUUAUGAAAUGUUUUUAUUCACAAGUUUUUGGAAUUAUUGUUUUUUACCUUUUAAACGUGCUUAGAAAGGGCUUUGCUCACACCUACCUUUAUUCAUGUUCACACCUGCAUUAACAUUUCAAAACAUGUUGCAGUUUCAGGCAGAAGUUUUCUGGAGCGU